GCCGAGCUGUCAAAAUCGGUCGAUUUCAGUUCAGCGGCCUCGUUUCUACUUCCUUUCUUUUCGAAGGUUUUGUGUACAGAAUCAGACAUGGCAAAGUCACGCAAGGAACCCGUUAACGCUGUCCAGGUCUUCGGACGUAAGAAAACCGCUACCGCCGUAGCGUACUGCAAGCGCGGCCGUGGUCUGCUGCGAGUGAACGGUCGCCCACUGGAGCAGAUCGAACCCAAGGUUCUGCAGUACAAACUGCAGGAGCCUCUGCUGCUGCUCGGAAAGGAGAAAUUCGCCGGUGUCGACAUUCGCAUCCGGGUUUCCGGUGGUGGUCAUGUCGCCCAGGUCUACGCCAUCCGACAGGCCAUCUCGAAGGCCCUGGUUUCCUUCUACCAGAAGUACGUCGAUGAAGCUUCCCGCAAGGAGCUGAAGGACAUCCUCACCCAGUACGACCGUACCUUGCUGGUUGCCGAUCCGCGUCGGUGCGAACCGAAGAAAUUCGGAGGUCCAGGUGCCCGUGCUCGCUACCAGAAGUCGUACCGUUAAGGCGCGGAUUCGCUUUACGGCUCUGUUGGUCAUUUGUGGUUCGAAGUUUUUUUUUGCUGCCUCACUGUCCGGCGGGGUUGAAUAUACAUUCUAAGAUUAAUGCAGAUAAGGAGGAUCACUUUGGGAAUAUGUGAAUUAAAACUGGAUGGAGAAAAGAGAAAA